UGCAACAAACACACAACAAUAAUCGAGGAGGGAAGAGAUCAGUUCUCUCCUCUGCAGUGACGCUCAUGAUGGCAAGCCUUGUCGUUGUGUUACUCUAUUUGAGUCAUCAAACAAGAGCUAGCGAAGGAGCCAAAUGUGUGGGCUGUACAAUAGUUUUCAGAUCAAUAGAAAGUUAUGUCAAUUAUAAAGAACAACCAAUUGAAAAAUCUUUGAGUGAAUGGUGUUCAAUUCUCCCAGAUAAACUUUCAUCAUUUUGCAAAGUUUUCGUUGCAGUUGAAGCUCAAACUUUGAUCAAAAUGUUCGAAGAAAAACAAACUCCUGAUAUCAUUUGCAGAGAAUUAGGACCAUGCAAGGAAUAUCCACAAUGUACAUUAUUCAAACCAGGUCAAACUAAAUAUAGCUCUAAAAGGACAACAACAAGAUUUAGUGGCAAGAUUGAUUGGAUUAAGGAAUUCUUUGAUAUUAUUGCUGGACCAAUUGUUAAAUCAUUGAGUGAUCACACACCACUUGUUGACAUUGAUGGUGAUACUUACUCUACAGAAUUUGCAUUCAGAGGAUCUGCAUGGAGAGGAAAGGAUUGUAAUGAUAACAAUGCUGCUAUUUAUCCUGGAAGAAAGACUUCAAGUUUAUCUCCACUUUAUGAUCAUAAUUGUAAUGGUGUAUUUGGUUAUGAUAAGAGUGGUAAGAGUUAUGAAGAUAUGUUCUGUAAUAGUACUCAAACAAAGGGUGUUGUCGUUUUUGGUGAUUCUCUCUCAGCUCACUUUAGAAUUCCACCACAACUUUUUGAACCAAAAUACAUGACUGCUGAUACUUAUAAGCAAUUGUGGGAAAUUAUUACUAAUGAAGCUGAUUGGCCAAUGCUUUCAUGGGGUACUGGAUUUUUGAAUGAUACAUUCUCUGAUUUGACUCCUGGUCUUUCUUCAUCAAUUUACAAACAUAUGAGAAAUCACAAUAGAUGUAUGCAUAGAGAUUAUGCUACAAUUGCUGUUAAUGGUGCUAGAACUGGUGCUAUGAAGGAUAUUUCUUUAACUUACAAGAGAGAUCAAAAGAAUGAUCAACCUGUUCUUGCAUUCUAUGCUCUUGUUGGUAAUGACGUUUGUGCUCCAAGUCACAGUUUGGACUUUACAACACCUGAGGAAUUUGAAGCUAACGUUUUGGUUACAUUGAAUUAUUUGGAACAAACUUUACCUGCUGGUUCAAGUGUAGUCUUUGUUGGUAUGGCUCAAGGUGGUUUUUUGUUUGAAUUCCUAAAGGAUCAAAUGCAUCCACUCGGUGUUUCAUAUCCACAAAUGUAUGAUUAUUUGAAUUGUUUGGAAUCUAAUCCAUGUUAUGGUUGGAUGAAUACUAAUGGUACUAUUCGUAAUAUUACUAGUGCUCAAGCUGCUUUGCUUUCAACUGUUUAUGAUAAGAUUAUUCAAAAAUACUCUUUCAAGAACUUUAAGAUGUACUAUCAUGAAUUCCCAUUGAAGGAAGUUGUCCAAAUGUGGGUUAAACAAGGUGGUCAACCAAAAGAUUUAAUUGAACCAUUCGAUGGUUUCCAUCUUAGUCAACCUGGUCAAUCUUUGAUGGCUGAUUAUCUUUGGGGAUGGAUUAAAUCUGAGCAUUCAGAAAUUAUUGGAACUCCAAAUCCAAAUAAUGCUCAAAUUAUUAAUAUCUUUGGAGAACAAGGAGGUUAUUAAAUUUUGUACAACUGGAUAUCAGUUGCUAGAAAGUAAAUUAAUUAAAAAAAGAAAUUCUAUU